CCGCUCCUGGAGUACGCCAACCAAGUUGUCUACUCAGGACGCACGAAAGACGUCACCCUCAUUGAGCGUGUCCAGCGGGCCGCCACGAGAAUGGUUGCCAGCCUCAAAUCCGUGGACUACGAAACGCGUCUCGCGAUACUUGAUCUGUUUUCCCUGGAGUACCGUCGCCUCCUAAUUCUUACUUAUGCCCUGUUUGAACAAAGCUUGGCAAACAGGUUGUUUACCGUUGAUCCAGCAGACACCCCGCGGGGACAUACGAAGGCCUCCUUCCUUUCACGUGUAGCGAGAUGGCUCAAUGUUUGUAGCCCGAACUUACUGACCGAAAGGCUCACGGUUGAAACCCGACCUCUGCAUUUCGACUUUUGUCUAGACUUGAGCAGCUUGGCAGUAUCCCAGUCCUCGUGUUUCCUUCGGGUGGCAUGGCAAUUAGGUACCGAAAAAGGGUUCCUGAAGGAAUACGUGUGGACCGUCGCGGGGGAUUCCUGUAUGGCAGUUGGAGAGGAAAAUAGCAGCGUGCGGGAGGACUUUAUGGAUUGCGCCUCGACCUUAUCCAAAGGUGAAGUCAGUACAAGUCUCAGAGAGGUAGCCAAACGCUCGCGGAAAAAUUUCCCCGUCCCAAGGUAUAUAUGUACCCCUACAUCAGACCAAUUACAACAGAGAGUCCCCGUUCUUUUUUCUUCUAACCCUGUGUUUAUUCCAUUGAUAAAUGCCACAAAGGUCCAUGGCCACAUUCCUGAACUGGACAAUCCUCCAUCACCGAAGGCGAUGCGUCAUUCGUUUAUGCGUGCAAAUGAGGGUGUGGCUGUUCCCAAACUAUCGUCGCUACGACGACUAGAGUCGAGGAAGCUUCGUAGCGAAUGGCUCUAUGAUUCAGAACAUCGUGCCUUCUGGUCUCACGUGAUCUUCGGAGUUAACAAAGUCAUGAGACUUUUGGAAACUUCAGAGGCCAAAAUGGACGUCGAUAAGACUUCGAUUAACCCGAAGUUAGCAUGUGUUCUUGUAGAUGGUGGAUGGGUGGCUUCUCCCCUCGGACACCAUAUCGCUCGCUUAUGUUCGACCUUCGGUGUACGCCUAGUUUCAGUCAAACCAUUGAAAUCACUGGCUUCCAUGUUUUCGACGCCAUUCCGGACCAUCAAAAAGGCAUGUGCUUUCCAUAACGCGAUCGCCAUCGGCAUCUGUUUGUCCGCAAGCGCUCCUAACGAGCUCCAAGCUUGGUUCGCUAGCUUCUGUACGACUGUUCCUUUGUUGGACCAGCCAAUCAGAAGAGUAAGGGACUCAGGCUCUGAAGCAGCUCCCUCCCACCUCAAAGGAGAUGCAAUGGUUAUUGAUGAGAACGGGGAACCUUGGGAUCAGUACCCGAUUGACGCAACAAAAUUGUAUGUUUUUGAUGCAGACAGUUAUGAGCUACCCACUGAACAAGUGCUCUCACUACCAGAACUUCGGUCCUAUUUGUCUUCCUACUCCACUCUUAGCUUGCCUCUUGUUUAUUCAGCAGUUGAAGACAAUCACACAGCCUUUCUAAGCGAGUUGGCAACUCAGGGCAAUCACACGGUCGAAUUUCAGCCCACAGUGCUCAAGGUUAUGAAACCACAGGAAGAUGCGGAACGGCGUUCACGGAAAAAGAAGAAGCGCAAGAAGGUUAAGAAAUCUGCAAGGGAUGCUGUGACUACCUGAUGUUAAAUCCAGCUUCAUUUGAAGGAGAAUAUAUUUUUUUAAACCGCAACGCCCUUGUUGUUACUCAACACUGAGUCCUCAUUACUAUCUCUUCAUAAAGUGACCCGUCAUUUUUUUAAUUUUGAG